AGUUAAUCGGUUGUUUGAGAAAAAAUCCGAAUUCAACAAGGAAGAAUUAUGCUUUCUUUCCUUGAGAAAAGCAAAUAAGCCAAAAUCUAAAGCCAAUUAAGUUUCGAAUUUUCUUUUUCUUUUCUUUUCUUAAUGUCGGCAGGAAGCUAGAGAAACCCUAAUAGAAACAGGAAAAAAAAGAGGCGGAAUUCAGUCUUUUCCCUGACCACAAGUCUGUGAUAUCUCUAUUUAUUCGCCAGUGCUAUUGCUCUCAGCUCUACUUUGUCUUUGUUUCUUUUCAAAUACGCAAUGGCUACAAAAUCACAGAAAACGGCUACAAGAAGAGAAAAGUUUAUGAAAAAGAUUAAUGAGGGUAACAAAGAAACCCAAGCAGUGAGCUUCUCAAAGCGAAAGCCAACCUUGAAGAAGAAAGUAGAGGAGCUUAAGACCUUGUGUGCUGUCACGAUUUGCAUGGUCUGUUUCGGUCCUGAUGGCACCGUCGAAACAUACCCAGAGAAUGCAGCAGAGGUUAAGAGAGAAAUCGGGUUCUACAAAGGACUUCAUGCCAUGCAGAAACGUGAGUUCAACCUCCUGGGUUAUUUAGAGAAUGUCAAGGGAAAGCUCGGAUUGAAGAGACAGAAGGUGAAAAGGAAGAAGCUCGAAGCAUUGGCCGAGAGUUUUUCAAAUCAAAUCGAGGGGCUAAGUGGGGAUGCUUUCUUGCACUUCAUUGAAACUCUAGAGAAAAAGUUGAUGGGUUUGAGGGGGAAAAUCGGUGAUCUGUUGAGCAUCCGCGGUGAUAAAGGACAAGCAAAUGCUCAUGGCAAUGAUAAUACUGAUCAUGCUUUGGUCCCUUGUGAUCGUGCUGUUCCGGAGCCAAUAGAUGCAAAUAACCGUAUCUUCAUGGUUGAAAACAUGUGUGCGAACCCCAUAGUUGAUGAGGACUUAGCAGAGUACUUCUGGGAUUCAGAGCUAUUGAAGUUAGCAGGAUUCGAGUGCCAGCCCAUUACUCCUGAGCAGUAACGUUGUCAGCCACCUGAAAACCAGGUCUUAGUCAGUGGAAGCAGUUUCAGGUGAAUCCCCGGUUAUGGGAGCACAGGGGUUCCUUUCUCGUUUUUUCAAUCUUUAUUUCAGUGUAAUAAUAGUUAUUUUGAAUCAAAGCAAACUGAUUUAUGAUUUGAAAAGUGCAUUGAA